AGGGAUCAGGGGUUGAGAACCAUUCUGCCCAGGCUGGCAGAGCCAGGGAUCUCUGAGCCUAGGCCCUUCUUGCUCCUCCUUCUCCUCCUCCCUGUGGUGAGUGAGUCAGCCUCCUGUCUGGGCUCAGUUGCAGCCAGAGGGGCCAGAACCCAGGCAAGCAGUUGGGCAGGCAUUUUCUGAGCAUUGCAGGAGUUCCCCUGGGCAGAGUUCAGUUCUGUGGAAGGCUGUCUUCUUCACCCCCUAGCAAGGGAGUGUGGGGGAAGGGAGGAGGGGCUCAGACACCCAACCCAGAAGUGGUUGUUUGGGUGGCUCUGAGCUGAUUCAGGAAGGGGAUGACUGUAAAGGGAUUAUAGCUUUUGUGGUGAAUCUACAUCUCUUACCCUUCUCUGGGCUCAGAAGGCAUAUCCCAAUACUCCCUUUCUCCCACCUUGUUAGCUAGGAGAUGGGCAUGGAGAAGAAAUUGAGAUGGUUGUAGAAUCAGAAAUCUGCAGAGAAUACUUUGGCCCAGGCUAAGGAGUAGAGGUGGUUUGCUGAUGUAGAUUUUCUGGACCUAGGAACAACUCUAUGAACCGAGAGUGUGAGUCCUUUUGUGUGGACGCGUCAGUGGGACCUCGCAGUAGACCCUUGAGUUCCACUUACCUGCCCCCUACUCCUUCAGGGAUGGAGGCAAUGGCAGCCAGCACUUCCCUGCCUGACCCUGGGGACUUUGACCGGAAUGUACCCCGGAUCUGUGGGGUGUGCGGAGACCGAGCCACCGGCUUUCACUUCAACGCUAUGACCUGUGAAGGCUGCAAAGGCUUCUUCCGGCGCAGCAUGAAGCGGAAGGCACUGUUCACCUGUCCCUUCAAUGGGGACUGUCGCAUAACCAAAGACAACCGGCGCCACUGCCAGGCCUGUCGGCUCAAACGCUGUGUGGACAUUGGCAUGAUGAAGGAAUUCAUCCUGACAGAUGAAGAGGUGCAGCGCAAACGAGAGAUGAUCCUGAAGCGGAAGGAAGAAGAAGCUUUGAAAGACAGCCUGCGACCCAAGCUGUCGGAGGAACAACAGCACAUCAUCACCAUCCUGCUGGAGGCCCAUCACAAGACCUAUGACCCCACCUAUGCUGACUUCAGCCAGUUCCGGCCUCCAGUUCGUUUGGAUGAGAGUGAAGGAAGCCAUUCUCCAAGGUCCACACCCAGCUUCUCCAAAGACUCAUCCUCCUCAACUAGUGUAGAUCUCUACACCUCCUCUCUAGACAUUAUGGAACCCUCCAACUUCUCCUACCUGGAUCUGAAUGAAGAAGACCCAGAUGACCCCUCUGUGACACUGGGUCUGUCCCAGCUUUCCAUGUUGCCCCAUCUGGCUGACCUAGUCAGUUACAGCAUCCAAAAGGUCAUUGGUUUUGCCAAGAUGAUCCCAGGAUUCAGGGAUCUCACCGCUGACGACCAGAUUGUGCUGCUCAAGUCCAGUGCCAUCGAGGUGAUCAUGCUGCGCUCCAACCAGUCUUUCAGCAUGGACGACAUGACCUGGGACUGUGGCAGCCAGGACUACAAGUAUGACUUCACUGACGUGACCAAAGCGGGACAUAACCAGGAGCUGAUUGAGCCCCUCAUCAAGUUCCAGGUAGGGCUGAAGAAGCUGAACUUGCACGAGGAGGAACAUGUCCUACUCAUGGCCAUCUGCAUCGUCUCCCCAGACCGCCCUGGAGUACAGGACCGGAAGCUGAUCGAGGCCAUCCAGGACCGUCUGUCCAACACGCUGCAGACCUACAUCCGCUGCCGUCACCCGCCCCCGGGUAGCCACCUGCUCUACGCCAAGAUGAUCCAGAAACUGGCCGACCUGCGCAGCCUCAACGAGGAACACUCCAAGCAGUACCGCUGCCUCUCCUUCCAGCCCGGCAGCAGCACGAAGCUCACGCCCCUGGUGCUCGAGGUGUUUGGCAAUGAGAUCUCCUGACCAGGCUGGCCUGUGGUGGGGCCUGGGUAGGGGUUCUCCUCCAGGCGCCCCGUGCCCAAGCCUCCGGCUGGCCGCCGCCCAAUAGCCCUUCCCACUCCUUCCCGAAUUCAGACCCUCCUCUGUCAUGGCCUCUCUUCCCCCUGGCCCAGUCUAAUUCCAAGUUCCCUUUUUCUGGAGGCCGCAGGCUAUCCUUUGUUCCUGAGAUCUCAGUCCUGAGAGCUUGCUGUUUAUUUGACCAAGAAACUGAAGUGGGCACCAAAGGUAGAGGCUGGAGGCUGGAGGCAGAGUCUUGCUCCAGGACACCCCACCACCCCUUUAGUUGACUGGUUGCUGGUGCCCAAAGAAGGCAGGCAGGAGAAAUGUGCCCCAUUUCUCAGGAACUGAGACACCUGUACUUUCUCCAGCUCCAGGCCCACCCAUCCAGCAUCUGGUGGGGAUUCCCCUGCCCCUGCCCCAGUCCCUCACCAUCUCUUCUCUCCCCACUGCCAGUCUGUGCUGAUGUCCCAGCUCAGUGGAGCACACACAAUCGAGUCUCCUCUGUCUGCCUUCACACCCCUGGCCUGCCUUGAACCCUGAUAGCCCAGAGUGACCAAGCACAAGAUAUUUAGGGUGAUGACCCCCACAUGUCUGCCCCCCACCUCCUCUACCA